AUGAUCUGCCAACGCUGUCGAACCUCUCUCCUCUCCCGAAUCCCAAUCCAACAACACGCAAUUCGCACACCCUCAUCAUGCAUCCCCCUCGCCAUCCACAAACCCCAAACUCGAUUGGCGAGUACCGACACACCCAAAACCGCCGCCAUGCCUCCUCCACCCGCUCCCCGACAACCCGGCGCUGGAUCCGUUAGCAUCCCAUCCGCCACAUCAUCCGCAACACCAGGCGUUUCUCAGCCAUUGAGUACACCCACAGAUGGUAUUCCGCAACCACCCAAAUGGGUCAAUCCGGGAAAAGGUGCUGCUGGGGUCGUGGAUGCUGCGGCAGCUGCAGGUCCUACACAUGAACCCAGUAGCUGUGUGGCUGGCACACCUUUGAAGGGACUCAAUUAUACGAAGGGAAAGCAGGAUAUUGUUGCUUUGGAGGAUCAUGAGUAUCCAGAUUGGUUGUGGACCUUGCUUGAUGAUAGUGCGAAGAAGGGUAAUGAUGCUGGUGGUGUUGAUGUUGCUUCUUUGAACAAAAAACAACGAAAGCGUCACGAGAAGAAAAUGGCCGCAUUGGCAGCUACCCAACCCCGCAAGAUCCCUCUGCACGAACAGGCCACAGAUAUUAUCCCUGCCGAGUACAAUGGGGAACAAGAUGGGCCUCGAGACAUCCUCGCUGAGGCAGCGGCUGGUAUUGAGAAGACAGGACAGAUUACGAAGAGUGCUCGGGAAGCGAGAAGGAAAGGAAUCCGCGAGUCUAACUUUUUGCGUGGGUUGUAA